AUGGCGCCUCAAUUGGACGGCUACUUUAAGCAGGUGGACAAGCUAUCAGAAUCCUUCAUUGAACGUCUCCGCAAAGCAGUAGCCAUACCGUCCGUCUCCGCAGAUGACGAACGCCGCCCUGAUGUCGUCAAAAUGUCCGAAUUCCUCGUCUCUGAACUCACCGCCUUGGGUGCACAUGUCGAAUCCCGUCCACUCGGCCUCCAACCCGGCAAAAAGGAUCUCCACCUACCUCCUGUCAUCGUCGCUCGCUAUGGCUCCUCUCCUAACAAACGCACUAUUCUCCUCUACGGUCAUUACGACGUGCAGCCUGCUUUGAAAGACGAUGGCUGGGCUACGGAACCAUUUACGCUUACUGUUGACGACAAGGGGAGGAUGUACGGGCGUGGUAGCACAGAUGAUAAGGGUCCUGUCCUAGGGUGGUUGAAUGCUAUACAAGCACACAAGGAGGCCGGUGUGGAACUGCCAGUGAAUCUACUGAUGUGCUUUGAGGGCAUGGAGGAAUAUGGAUCUGAAGGGCUGGAUGAUUUUAUAGAGAAGGAGGCGACGCCCGGAGGGUUCUUCGAGAAGGCGGAUGCGGUCUGCAUUAGCGACAAUUACUGGCUAGGCACCGAGAAGCCCUGUCUGACAUACGGACUCCGAGGCUGCAACUAUUACAGCGUCAGCAUCAGCGGCCCAGGCCAAGACCUUCACAGCGGUAUCUUCGGCGGUUGUGCACAGGAGCCAAUGACAGAUCUUGUCCGCGUACUUGGGAAGCUGGUCGACACAGACGGCAAGAUUCAAAUACCGGGCAUCAAUGAGAUGGUUGCCCCCGUGACCGCAGAGGAGAAGUCACUGUAUGGAGAUAUCAGCUACACAAUGGACAACCUCUAUGAAUCCCUGGGCAGCAAGACCGGCAUCUUCCCUGACAAAGAGAAGACACUCAUGGCGCGUUGGCGUUACCCUUCUCUCAGCGUACACGGAGUCGAAGGCGCCUUCUCUGCCCCUGGAGCCAAGACAGUCAUUCCAGCAAAGGUCGUGGGCAAGUUCUCAAUAAGAACAGUGCCAGAUAUGGAAUCGGAAAAAGUCGACUCCCACGUCUUCAAAUAUGUCAAGGACGAAUUCGCCAAGCUUGGGAGCAAAAACACUAUCGACAUCCGCCUGAUACAUGCGGGUAACUGGUGGGUAGCUUCACCUAAACACUGGAAUUACACAGCCGCAGGACGAGCAGUGGAGAAAGUCUUCGGCGUCAAGCCAGACUUGACAAGGGAAGGAGGAAGCAUACCGGUGACCCUGACCUUUGAGAAAGCGACCGGCAAGAACGUCUUGCUGCUCCCCAUGGGUAGCUCGACGGAUGCUGCGCACAGUAUCAACGAGAAGUUGGACCGAAGGAAUUACAUCGAGGGGACAAAGCUCUUGGGUGCAUAUCUGCACUAUGUGGCAGAAGAGGAAAUGAAAGCUUAA